AUUUGCACCAUGGACGACGAGCGCAUGGCAGCGACCGACGAGGUGGCAAACGAGCCCAUGGCCGAGGGCGAGACGGCGGAAACGGGCACCGACGAGGCCAUGGUAUAUGCGUGGUUCGAGCACUCGGGUGCGAUGGCGCCAACGCACAUGUACAGCCUCACUGCCCCGUUCGCCUCACAGUUCACGCGGGGCGUCAAGGUCUCGCCGGACGGGCUCUGCCUCCUGAGCAACGCCGACGACAACGUGCUGCGGCUCUUUGACGUCAACCCGGAGGUGCAAGACGCCGCCUUGGAGAUGCCGGAAGGCGGUACGGUCUACGACUUUACGUGGUACCCGUUCAUGACGUCGUCGGACGCCGCGACGUGCGUGUUUGCAAGCACGUCGCACGCCCACCCCGUGCAUCUCUGGGACGCGUACACGGGCGAGCUGCGCGCCACGUACCGCGCAUACGACCACUUGGACGAGCUCACGAGCGCGUACUCGGUGGCGUUCAAUGCCACGGGUGACAAGCUCUUUUGCGGCUUUGAGCGCACGAUUCGGUUCUUCGACACGACGCAACCCAGCCGCGACUUUACGACGCGGGCGCUGAGCAAGACGCGCAAGUCGCGCCACGGCCAGCGGGGCAUCAUCUCAUCGAUUCACUUCAACCCCGACCACUCCAAGAUGUAUGCGGCCGGGUCGUACAGCGGGCAGACGUGCAUUUAUGCCGAAGAGUCUGGCGACGAGCUCGUCUCGCUCGAGGGCCAUGACGGCCACGGCGUCACGCAGGUUCAGUUCUCGCCCGACGGCAACUUCUUGCUCACCGGCGCACGCAAGCACGGGCUCAUCCAAGUGUGGGACAUUCGCAAUACGAUGCAAGUGCUCUACUCGCUGCCACGUCAUACGCCGACCAACCAAAAGAUCGCCUUUGACGUGCACUGCGGUGGCCGCUACGUAGCCACGGGCAGCGAGGACGCCAAAGUGCUGCUGUACGACCUCACGACGGGCGCGGCCGUCGAUGAAAUUGGAGGUUUUGCCGAUGCGGUCAACGGCGUGUCGUUCUUUCCUGCCGGCACGACUGCGCAGGUCGCCUGCUGCACGGGCCAGCGCCACUACGACGUGCCCAAGGACAUGCGUGACGACGACGACGACGACGCUGACGCGACGGCGCGAAGGACGCUGGCGGCCAAUGGCAUUCACUUGUACGAGUUUGCAGCGAAUACGCAAUAAGAUGAGGAUAUAAGGGUGGUGCAUCUUCAACUAC